AUGAAUUUUUUUCUUUUAUUUUUGUUAAUUAAUUUUUGUUAUUUCACAAAUGGUGAAAAAGCAACAGUUGAACAAUGCGACACUGCGAUGGGAUAUCGUGUAGAUAAUUCCUGCAUGUGCAAAACUGAAUAUACUAAAUGUCUAAUAUCAUUAAUAUCUGAAGGAAAGUGUACAAAAAAGGGGUUUCCUACUAAACUUAUUGAAAAACCUUGCUCUAAUGUGCAUUCAAAAUGUUCUUUAACGAAAAAUGAAUGUGAAAUUGGAAUCUGUGGAUGCUUUGAUACGGCUGUUGAUUGUUUUAUCCAAAAUAAAUGUGAAUAUAAAAAAUCGAAUGGCAGUUCAACAUCAGUUAAACGUGUUAGAGCAUCUGAUACAAUUUUUGGUUUUAACAAUUUAUAUGAUGCAAAUUUUGAAAAAAUUGAAUAAAAGAA